GCCGUCAUAUUCACCGGAGAGCUUGCUCUGCGGAUCUUCGGUCUAGGCUUCAAGCGCUUCUACUGCGGUCCGGACUGGAGGUGGGCUCUCUUCGACACGAUGAUUGUCUCGCUACAGAUCUUCGAUGAGCUCACCACUCUCGUGGUGGGGACCGCGCAAAACGGGGGCAACCUCGGAUUCAUGCGAGUCAUGCGGAUUCUGAGGCUCCUGCGGAUCAUGCGCCUGGUGCGGAUCUUGCAGUUCGUCAACGAGCUCCGCACCAUGGUGAUGUCUGUGGCCAACUCCAUGCGAUCGUUGGUGUGGACGCUGCUGCUGAUGCUGCUCAUGAAGUACAUCAUCGGGGUCUACUUGUGCCAGAUUGUGGCCGACACAGGCAUCGAGAACAGCGCAAACCUCACCCCGGACUUGGUGGAGUACUAUGGCAGUCUUCCAAGAGCGGUGCUGUCGCUCUAUCAGGCUAUGACCGGUGGGGUGGAUUGGAACGACCUCUCCAAGCCGCUGGAGACCAUCUCGCCCGUGAUGCAGCUGGUCUUCGCGCUGUACAUUGCUUUCGCAGUGCUUGCGAUGAUGAAUGUGGUGACAGGAGUCUUUGUCGAGUCCGCCCUGGGCUCCGCCAGAGAGGAUCGCGAGCGAGAGGCAAGGACCGGCACAGGGCACGGGGGGAGUUAA